CUAGUUUCCCAUUUUGGAGUUUUGGAGUUGUUCUUGGUAAUGACCGUUUCUUCGGCUGGCUUGUUGCAUUCAUUUACACACAGCCACUCGUCAUACGCUUCAUACCUAGUGUCUUUUAAACGCUAAAACAACCUGCUGUCCUCGUGUAAAACAGCCUUCAUUUCGAGAUUUAAGCAUGCACAGACUGAUGUUCGCCUACGCACAAGACCAAACAAGGCGUGUGUAAGUGUAAUGAACUGCGUAACGAGUAGGAAAGUGCGGAGUACGGAGGUUAUAGAGUGUACUUGUAUGACUUCAAACACUUCGAGUUUGAUGGAUGAGGUUCGGACAGAAGUGGCUUUAGUACGUGUUAUUUUCGGUAGGUUCGAAUGAAGAUGUGUUUGUAAUAUCGAGUGAGCGCUAAAGGGAUGGCUCGCAGUAAACAGGAGGCUUUACUUCUUGAAGAACGUAUAGAGAAAAUUCGUAAGAAAAAUGAAGAAAUAAAAAGGCGGCAUUUGGAGGUGGAAGCAGACAAACAAAAUGCAGCAAAGCUAAAUGCCUUGGUCCAGGUAACGAGUCCAACUGUGGACUGGCCUAUUGGAGGGAGAUCACCACCCCAUAGCCAUGGAACAAGCAGGGCUGUACAUUCAGAGCAAAGGGGGCCACAGCAGAAUACUGGCAGUAAAAGUGGCUCUGCAGAGUGCUGUACUUCUGGAGAGCAGAGAGAUGGCCCCCCUCGAGAUUCCACUUCCAAGUUCCUAGUAGACAAAGAGCAGGAGUACGAUAGGAGACAUUCUCAACAGCAGCCACAGCGGAGGGGAAGGAGUGGUGGAUGGAACAGAGGGGCCUUUACUCGAGAUAGGGGUAAAAGGAGUUCCCCUCAGCAAGGUCGAGGGAGAGAUGUCCAUCUACCAGAGUAUGAGGCAUGGAGAGCUGAGAGAAAUCGCAUUGAUAGCGACCGAAUCAGUCGUCAGAGAACUUCAGAGGGCCAUUGGCGUCGGGAAUGGGACAAUGAAAAGAUAACACAGGAGGAGGAAGAUGUGAGAGGAACAGCUAAAAUGUCAAGGAGUGGUGGAUUUCACAGAAGUAAUACUGUCUCUCAUCCUUACGAUGAUCAUAAAGUGCAGAUAAUUCAAGACCGCGUGAGGCCUGGAGAAAACUCAUCAUCUAGACUCUCCCGGGUAUCAGAGAGGGGUGGAAGAGGUCAUGGCAUGUCACAGGAGAACAGAGGCAACCUUCGGGGAAAGCGAUACAUCCGAGCCCAGACCAGUCCAAUUCAAGAUAUCAGAGAAGAAAAUGCUGUUGCUGCCCACAGCGAACGCACUGUGAUUAGCACUGGAGAGUCAAUAAAGAUAUCUGUUGCUAAUAGUUCUCCUGCACCUCCUGUCAGGAGCGUCAGAGUUAAUGCCCCGCUAGUUGCUGGCACAGGCCGAGUGGGACCACGGCAGAAUCUGUGCAUCAGUUACAGCAGCCAAUCAGAGGAUGAAGUCCCUCCUCGCAGAGUAGAGCUGCGGCCGUGUAGAACUCCUUCCAGUCAUAGUAAAGCACCUCCUGAUGCCGGCAUUAGUAACCGUGCUGGUGCUGCUGCUUUAUCAAAGCCACCAUUGCCUCCUGCAGAAAUGAAACAGGAUCCCAAACCAAAAAGAGAGCGCCCUAAGAGAGUAGAACAUGGCACCAAGCUGAGAAAACAGAGAGAAAAAGAAGAGAUUAAUACUACAGAAGUAUCUAAACGUGUGGACAAGAAGGAGGAAGAAGAAGAAGAAACUGUGACAGCAGUGGAAAACUGCCAGAGGGAAAUUGAAUUGGGAGGUGAUGAUUCAUGGGAAGAUGUCACUACAAGUGGAAAUGAUAGUGCAUGUGAAGAAUUAUCACCACACAGUAAUAUUGACUCCACAGUGGAUGCCAAGUCAGCAGAAUUGAAUUCAGGCAUGCUUCUGAACACAGAAGUGGAGCCAGAGAUGGUUCGAAACACACAAGUGAAAUCAGAGAUGACUCAGAACACAGAAGUGAAUUCAGAGCUGCUUCAGAAUACAGAAAUGAACUCAGAGAUGGUUCAGAAAACAGAAGUGAAGUCAGAAAUGUUUCAGAGCACAGAAGAGGAGCCAGUUAUGAUUCAGAAGUCACAGUUGCUUCAGAACAUGGAAGCAAAAUGUUCGAUUCUUCAAAACACAGAAGUGAAGACAGGGAAUCUUCAGAAUACAGAAGUGAAGUCUGGAAUGGAUCAGGACAUAGAAACAAACCGAAGUAUGAUUCAGGACACAGAAGUGAAGUCUGGAAUAGAAGCAAAUCCAGAUGUGAUUCAGAACACAGAAGAGAAGCCACGGAAUCUUCACAAUACAGAAGUGAAGUCUGGAAUGGAUCAGGACAUAGGAGCAAAUCCAGGUAUGAUUCAGAACAUAGAAGUGAAGUCAGGGAAUCUUCACAAUACAGAAGUGAAGUCUGGAAUGGGUCAGGACAUAGGAGCAAAUCCAGGUAUGAUUCAGAACAUAGAAGUGAAGUCAGGGAAUCUUCACAAUACAGAAGUGAAGUCUGGAAUGGGUCAGGACAUAGGAGCAAAUCCAGGUAUGAUUCAGAACAUAGAAGUGAAGUCAGGGAAUCUUCACAAUACAGAAGUGAAGUCAGGGACACUUAGGCACAAAGAAGAAAAGAUGGGGAUGCUUCAGGCAGAUGGAAGUCAUUUAAAUAGUGAAUCAGAUAAUUGCAUAGGAGUCUCAAAAGUUACUACAAACAGCAAAGUGCGUGGUACGAUAAUGCAGGAAGUUGCACAGGAGACUCUUAUGUCUGAAAGAAGUACAGAUUUUAGUGAAAUCAAAGAUGUUUCAGAAAUUUACCUUGAUAAAACUCAUUCAGAUAUAUUAGUUAAAACUAAGGAAGGAACUAUGAAUGAAACUACAGAACUAAAAGAGAAAGAAAGUGUACAACUUGUAACACACACAGAAAAGGGGCUGGAAGGAGAAAUUGAAACAGGAUCUUGGAAUGGAUGUGAACAUAAUGAGGGCCAAGGGAAAGUGGAUGUUAUUAAGACCACUGGAAGUGGAUCAUUGUCAGAUAGUGUAGCAGCAGCUAUUGUGCCUGAGGAAAAGCAGGAAUCUAAUAUAUAAAUGGAGGUAAGAAUGGCGUGUUUGUGACAUCUGGCCACCAGACUGCUCUACCCACCUGUUCGUCCUCAUGAGUUCACAUAAAAAUAUAACUGUAAGGUAUGUCCCAUCUGAACUGGUAGUGCAGUUUUCCUUGCAGGCAUUAAAUAUUUGCCGGUUUUAAGGAGGCCUGAUGAUGGUACAUUAUAUGUAAUAUUACUGGGAAUUUGGCCUUCCUCUGUUGUUCUGUAUUCUGAAAACAGAAUGUAAUGUUUUCAAAACUGGAUAUAUUUCUGUUUUCAGGUGAUAAGGUCAGGCAGCAUUUACUCAGUUGAGUCUGCUAGAAAGAACUGAUCGCUUCAUGAGUGAUGGUGAUCAGUAUAUUGGCCCAUUGAAUCCCCCCCUCCCUCCUUGAAUGAACUUAUCAUGUCUGGGCUCUUCAGUAGCAAACAAAGUGGAUGAGAAACAACUGCUUGUCUGCAAUGUUAUCACAAUGUGGUGCCUCUUCUAAGAAAUAUAUUGAACCACAUAAAAGGAGUUUGAUACCAUCUUAAUAAAAUUCAACCAUAAAUACAUGAAUCUUCUAAAAUAGUGGUGUUCCAAAUUUUGAUGGCCAUCUAUAUUUUGUGAAGUCUUACUUCAGUUGAUAUUUUGAUAGAUCUAAUUUUGUUGAUAUUUAUGACUGAUGUCUCAAGUGUAUAUUGAGAAAUCUGCUUUGGAACUGGAGAUAUCUGUUUUGAGUGAUAUUUUGAGAAAUGAAAUCUGUUUGAUUUGAUAUUUUGAGGAAUUCUCUUUUUUUAUUUGAAAGUGUUUAAAAUCAUAUUUUGAGAAGUCUGUUUCAUAAUUUAUUAUUGUAAUGGCGACCUUUGACACCAAAAUUAAAAUCUGUUUCUGUUAAUAUCUGGA